GCCCUUCUCUUCUUGCCCCAUAUACUUCUACGCGUAUGCCACUAGAUUCUGGCGAUUUUUUGGCGUCUGACGAUCCUGCUAUCGAUGAAAUCUUAGCCCAGUCACGAAAAGAACUUGACGCGGCGGGUCCGUCGACCUCGGCGUUGUCUCGAAACAAUUUCAUCAGAAGGGAGCGACACCGUAUCGAAGAAGAGAUAAGUCAAAUCGACGCGGAACUCAAGAAAUACGACGACGACAUCAAGACCCUGCAGAUACUACGAGAAACGCGUAGACAGGACCAACUCAAAUUUGUAGCAGAGCUGAAUGCAUUGAUUGGAGUCGGAAACCAAAAGGGAAAAGGCAAAGCUAAAGGUGGUAUAGACUAUGGAAGUGAAGCGUUUGAGUGGUCCAAUUCGUUGAAGUCGACCAUGAGAGAUGUUUUCAAAAUCAAGAACUUUCGGUUAUGCCAGCUUGGUGUUUGUAACGCGAACAUGGAUGGUCGGGACAUCGUUUGUGUCAUGCCAACAGGUGGUGGCAAAUCACUGACAUACCAGUUACCGGCAUUGCUACAUCGAGGCUGCACCCUGGUCAUCUCUCCUCUAAUUUCACUCAUCAGUGAUCAAAUAAUGCAUUUACAAGAGGCCGGCAUCAAUGCCGUCAAGCUCACCGGUUCCACCUCGAAAGAAGAACAGAAAGCAAUUACGCGUAAUCUGUAUGAUCUAGCUGCCGGAAAGUUGAAGCCUGAGCAGGAAAUUCGACUUGUUUAUGUAACGCCAGAGAAGAUAGCAAGGAGUAAUCCGUUCAAGUCGCUGAUGACCAAAUUGGCGGAUAAUAAGAAAUUAUCACGAAUAGUAAUAGAUGAGGCCCACUGUGUCUCACAGCUUGGGCACGAUUUUCGCCCAGACUACAAACAACUCCGUAUUCUGAGGGAACUUUUCCCUCGCGUACCAAUAUUAGCCCUCUCUGCUACAUGUCCACCUAGGGUUCUUCAAGAUUUGCGAAGUAUCCUUCAGUUGCCAGAGAUAUGUGACGGAAAUAGUGCUGACCUUCGAGGUACAACCUACUUCUCGGCCCCAUUAUACAGAAAAAAUCUACACUACAAGGCCUUCCCUAAGGAUUCGAAUAUGAAGAAUAUGAUCAAAAUCAUGACGGAUUAUAUAUUGGAAUAUCAUCCUCAUGAUAGUGGAAUUGUAUACUGUCUGACGCGAAACGAUGCCGAAAUCGUUGCCCAAAGGCUCUAUGAACAGAGCGAAGGGAAGAUAUUGACGGGGGUGUACCAUGCAGAGAAGAAGGAUGGCGAGAAAGAAGACCUGCAUGUAAAGUGGAGGAAAGGCAAUAUUAAAGUUGUCUGUGCAACAAUAGCUUUUGGACUGGGCAUCGAUAAAGGCGACGUAAGAUUUGUGCUACACCAUUCCAAAUCCCUUGACGGGUUCUACCAAGAAUCAGGACGUGCCGGACGCGAUGGCAAAGAUGCUGAUUGUGUUCUGUAUUACCGUCCCCAGGAUGCAUGGGACAUCGCUGCGAUGACUAUGGGCGACAAGGACGGCUCUGAAAAAUUGAUGCCUAUGAUUCUCUUCUGUCAAAAUACUUCAGAGUGUCGAAAGCUGCAAUUUGCCAAGUACUUUUCUCACUCCUCCGAUUUGUCCAUCAGCGAUUGGGCAACCGAAGAAACUGGAGCACUCGAUCGGUGUGGUCAUUGCGACAAUUGUCUCCGGGAGGGGGAUAGCCUGAUCCGCGACGUAACUUACGAGGCUUGGCAGUUGACGAAACUCGUCGCAGCCAUAUGUGAUACCAAAAAUAAGCACACUGCUCGGAGUAUAGCGACGAUUGCGAAGAGCAAAACCUGGGACCCAUCAAAACCGAAGAUGAAGCAACCGGAAUACCAGUUAGAGACGAUUUGUGAUGGUCCCGUGGACCUUCACAAGGAUGAUAUUGAACUGCUGCUAAUUCACUUGUGGUCGGAACGAUACUUGAAACCCAGGUUUGUCUCAAACGCACACAAGACUACUGCCUACGUUGAAAAAGGAGUUAUGGCGGGACGACUCACGUCUCUAUCGAGCGAGAGGGCGAAGAACAACAGUUCGGGUUUGACUAUACGAUGCGCCUUUCCACGGAGGGCGCGACAGUCCAGAAAGCGUCAAGAGAGUAAAGCUGGGUCCAGGAAAGGAAAAGCAAAGGAGCAGGAUGACAUAGAAGAUGCGGAAAGCGAUGAGGACGAUCUGUAUGUGUCGGAUCGUGAGGACGAGGCACCGAAGCAGUCCAGGAAACGGUCGUCGAACCAGAUAAUAGAGGUGGAUGGUAUCGAGGACGAUGACGAUGACUCAAAUGAGUGGAUGGCUAGUCUUCGUGGAGACAAACUACCUCGAAAGAGACCGAGAACAAGCCUUAAAGAUGCACCUAACGGAGUUGGAAGAGGACGGGAAUCUGGUGGAACCACCGUCAUAGAAAUAUCAGAUUCAGAGUAAUGGUUGAUACAUGUGGCUGUAUAUAAUGUAAUAUGUACUAGUAGUUGUAUACGACAGGACACCAAAAUGGAAUGGGUAUAGGCUAAUUGACCACCGCGUUUACUGUCCAGCAGUCUUUAAUAAAAUGAAAGAAAGUGUGUUGUAAUUACCCCGUGUAUUCAGAGACUCAUUGCUGACUGUGAAAGCUGACUUCGUGGGUUU